AUGAGGGGGAGUUGGCAGCUUGUCGAGAUCGGGUCAGUCAGACGAGGUUCAAUGGGGAAAAUCAUUAAGUUAACACUUUCCCUAAUGUCUCCAUUGUGUGCCCCCGGGCAUUGUCUUUAGAGACCUCAGAUAUGACGCUUCCCACAACCGAACUCACAAGAAAUUUGCGGGUGCAUUCCCAUGGCCGGACGGCCUAUGAAGACACUGUACACUGUCCGUUGUCACGUUACUGUGUGUUUUGUUUUGUCUUCCUUUAAAAGGGAGGGAGGGGUGAUGAGGAGGAGGGGUACAGUGCAUGAGUUUGGAUGCAGAAUUUAUUCAGAUGGGUGCUCUUUCCAAGCGUAAAACACCGUUCUGAUUCUUGAUCUUGAGGCACAACGUACAUUAACUUUUGAAAUAAACAAAGAUAAAUUCAUUAAUUUGUAUUUAUUUUAUCCAGGUCGUAUCUUGGAUAUCCCGUGUAAAGUGUGUGGGGACCGGAGCUCUGGGAAACACUAUGGCGUGUACGCGUGUGACGGCUGCUCUGGCUUCUUCAAGAGGAGCAUCCGCAGAAACAGAACAUACGUCUGUAAAUCAGGUUCUCAGGUAAUAGGCCUAACUACAGUGUUUUUCCAAUUUAAUGUUAAACCUAUUUCAUAUUCAGGGGGUGACUUUAUCCUAAAUGUAUCCAAACAUGACGCACACAUUGGGCAUUUUACGCACGGUCAUGUUGCAUCUUUAUUGGCCAGACUUGAGUCUGCAGGGUUAAAUCUCUGCUGAGACUUGUCUCUGUGAACGGCCAGCCACCCAGGGCACGGCAAGGCCUAAUUACAUCGCCACCCAAGGCCAUUGACUGGCGCUAAGCACAGUCCUGCUUUAAUGUAUCAGGUGUAAUCCAAUCUAAUGUAAUGACACUAACCCGAGGAUUUAGCCAACAGUGGGCGGAAUAGCCCUACUUAUCCUCGGAGAUGAGACCGCUGCUGAGCCGCGGGGGAUCGAGUCAAUAGCUCUGAUAAUAACACAUCCUUCACCUGUAGAAUGGCGUCCCAAGAAAAUAACUGUUUAAAGGUCCAAUGCAGCCGUUUUUAUCUCAAAAUCAAACAAUUUCUGGGUGACAGUUAAGUACCUUACUGUGAUUUUUUUCAAUAAAAAUGGUCAAAAAGAAACAAAAAUAGCUUGUUAGGAAAUAGCAAUUCCUUAAGCAAGAAUUUGCUAGGACCGUCUGGGAGUGGUCUGAGUGGGAGGGGAAAACUGAAAACUAUAGCUGUUAUUGGCAGAGAGGUUUGGAACUCUCUUUCUUAUUGGUCUAUUAACUAAUUUACUGACUGGUGAUAUCACCAGGCAGGCCAAAACUCCAUCCCACCAAAACAAUACUAUUUUCAAGCUCUUAUAGUAAAAGGGCAUUAUCAUAAUUAUCACAAUUUCACAGUAUUAUUCCAACCGCAUGGUGUGGAAAUAUAUAUAAAACACAUGAAAAUCACGUUUUUGAGUGCACUGGGCCUUUAACAACCAUUCUCUUCUCCCUCAAACACCGUGUUCCUUUUGUCAUUCACUCACUGUGCCAGGGCCUCCUUUCCCAGAGCCUUCGUAGUGUUAAGAUCAUCGUUAGAACCAUCAUACAUUAUGAAUUAUCUUUAGCAGCCGAUCUGUUUUCCAGAGUCUUCGUUAGUAACGUUGCUCUUAAAAACAUUCCCAAAUAUACGAGUGAUCCAGACCACUCGUAGAGCAGCCAAAGUGCAGCAUUAUAUGUUUUUUGCCCUUCCGCGUAACUUUAUUCACAAAAGAUCUCCGCUAAACAUAGAAUCAAGAUGUUUAGGCUAAGUAUAUCUGUCUGACUGUGACCGCCGAUAACUUCAGAACGAAGUUGACUACAAAUACAAAGUUGCCAAAGUACUUGCAAUUGUUGCAAACAAGUGAAAGAUAAAACGAUGCCUCAAAUGAAAUCAGAGAUGACUGCAUUAAAAGAUAAAUAGGCUACAUGGGCCUAUAUAUUUAAAUAAUAUUUCAAUCAUACUGAGUUUUAUUUUGCCACUAGGCUACUGUCUGUAAUUUUUGCCUCAAUAUGUUUAAUGAUGUGUGACAAGAUGCAUUAUUAUUGGGUAAGCAUAAUAAGCCGCUUCAAUAUUUGCAGCCAUAGAUGGUAAUAUCUCUCUAGGAGCUGAUCCGUCGUCAGUAUUGUGGAAUAAUUCUAAUGUUAAGGUAAGAUUUGAGUAGAGAAGUCUGAUCCGAGAGCAGCGUUGCUUUUCUUUAGCAGUAUCGACACAUGGUUUAAUGACACACUUAGUGAACGUUCUCUCAACGUGCUUGUUUGGGAAACGCCCAUAAAAAGUUGCCUCGUAAAUAACGAUGCAACUGGUAGGCUACGAUCAUCGUAAUGCUUAAUUUACAUCCCAACUGGGAAACGAGGCCCAGAGCAAUUAAACUGAGCUGUGAUUCUCUCUCUCUCUCUCUCUCUCUCUCUCUCUCUCUCUCUCUCUCUCUCUCUCUCUCUCUCUCUCUCUCUCUCUCUCUCUCUCUCUCUCUCUCUCUCUCUCUCGCUCUCUCGUUUCCAUUAUAGGGAGGAUGCCCCGUGGACAAAACGCACAGAAACCAAUGCCGAGCGUGCCGUUUGAAAAAGUGUCUCGAAGUGAACAUGAAUAAAGACGGUAAUAGGCUUAAUUUAAUUAUUAUUUUGGCUAUACGCCGGCAGUGACAUUUCGGUGUGAGGUGAUCAAAUCGGAUGGAAAAGUGUAUUUAACGUAAUCAGCUGAGAGCGGGGUAAACAGAGGACGUAUUCAUAACAUUCUCAUAAGAGGCAAAGCCUUUUACCUCACCGUGCUUCGAACAAAAUAAGAACUUUGAUAAAUAAGGCAUUCACAGACGAGUAGGCCUAGUUUAAUAAAGAGUAUUGUCCCUGCUCUCCAAUUUGACAGCGGUUCAGCACGAGAGGGGUCCCAGGACGUCCACCAUACGCAAGCAAGUCGCCCUAUAUUUCCGGGGGCACAAAGAGGUGAACGGUUCAUCUACCCACUUCCCGGGCUCGAGCCUACCUGGCCCGCCGUUUUUCACUACGGUCACGCAACUGGAGCCACAUAACUUGGAAAUGAGCACGGUAGCCAGCACGCCAGAGAGGCAGGCCAUCGUUGGACUGGCCCAGCCCACCCCGAAGGUAAGCCCCUGUCCUCGGCUCACCCUUCACUCACGGAGCUGCGCUAUGUGCCCAAUGAAUCAAGGAGGCCAACCAAGCACGUUGGAAAAACAACAUGCUUCUUUCUCAACUUUUAAGAGGUUUAGAAGUUGACAUUCCGGUCCCGAUUCAGCAGCUUCGAGUCACACAAUACGUAAUUCAUAUUUUCCCCUCCAUCCAACGCAGGCAACAUUAGUUUAUAAUUAGACCAAAAGCUUAAUCUAGUGUUUGUGUUUAGAGUUUUAUGAGAUGCACACAUAUUUGUCUCAAAUGUGGCAGCAGUGUAUUUGAUCACGUUAUUUAUUAGUCCUAUAGCACAUCAUUUUAUUCAAAUGGCACCCCGAGGCCCUAUGUGUUUAUAUUGACCUCUUGCAUUGCAGUACCCUCACGAGGUCAGCGGCACGCCCAUGUACCUCUACGAGGUCGCUACAGAGUCCGUGUGUGAGUCAGCCGCGCGCCUGCUCUUCAUGAGCAUCAAGUGGGCCAAGAGCGUGCCCGCCUUCUCCACGCUCCCCUUACCUGACCAGGUAAGCCACUAUUCAGUAUGGAUAUUAUAGGAUAGAUAUUAGCCAAUAAGUUACAUUAUUAAGCGAUCCCUUUCCAAAAAUAAAAGUUGCAAUUGUAUUGGCCUAAAUAAAUUAAUCAAAUAAUAUAACUAAUGUGUGCAAACCUUAAUUCCCUAACAAUAUUUUCUUAGAAGUAUAUUAGGCAUGCUCAUUGUGCGGCGCUGACUGAGGUUUGUAAUCUGUUUUGCAGCUGAUCCUGCUGGAGGACGCCUGGAGGGAACUGUUUGUUCUGGGCAUAGCGCAGUGGGCCAUUCCGGUGGACUCCAACACCCUGCUCGCUGUUUCCGGUAUGUAACCCAUAUGACCAAUCAACAGGUUAACUAGAUUUAACCUAUUAGACUUAGGCUACUUACUAUCAUGUUUCGUUUGAUUAUUUUCGUUUCGAUUCCUUGGGAGUUAACUGUGGCGUUGGAAAGAAAACGAAAAUAGAGACAGAUUUUCCAUUCCUUUUCCGUUUUUAUAGAUAUUCAUAUCAUACUCAAUAAAAUGUAACCCCCCCCCCCCCCCCCCCCCCUCCCCCCCAUAUAUUUGAAGGUAUGAACACAGACAACACAGAGUCCCAGCGGUUGAAUAAGAUCAUCUCAGAAAUACAAGCCCUGCAGGAGGUCGUUACUCGCUUCAGACAGCUGCGUCUGGACGCAACCGAGUUCGCCUGCUUGAAGUGCAUCGUCACGUUCAAAGCUGGUGAGUUGAAGAGGGGGUCAUCAAAAAUUAUAUUAAAAUAAAUGAUCCUCACUAAAAUCACAAGAAGGCAGGGUUGGGUUAAUUUAAUUUGAAUUGCAGUCAAUUCAGCAAUUAAUUGAAAUGUCCAAUUCCAAUGAUCUUCUAUGCUUUUUAAUAAGAAACAUUUGGAAUUGAAAUUUGGUUUACUUUCUGAAUUGACUGGAAUUUAAAUGGAAUUGUCCCCAACCCUGCAAGGUCACCAAUAGUUUAAAAAAAAACUAAAUAAAUAGCCAAGGAUGUUCAUGCCAAAAAACGAAAUAGAAAUGCUUUUUUUCCCCUUCACAUUUCAAUGCAGAUGUCUGAAGUACUUUGACCAUCAAUAUGAACAUGUCUAUUGAAAGUUAUGCAUUUGUCAGGUGCAUGUGAAUAUAAUGUCAGUCAUUAACCAUAUUGUCUGUGCCUUUUCCCUUCAAGCUGUGCCAACGCAUGGCGGGUCAGAGUUGAGGAGUUUCCGCAAUGCCAGUGCCAUUGCUGCACUACAGGAUGAGGCACAGCUCACCCUAAACAGUUACAUACACACCAGGUGAGACAUUUGAUAAAAACGAACAGUUUAGAAAUGAUUGAUUUCUUAAGAGAUAUGCAGACACUUGUUUAAUUCAGCUAUUUGUUCAAUUUACCAAAAUACUUGGCACACAAGUGGCCAGCCAAUAUGGGCAUAUUUCUGUACAGUAGGCUAUUAUGCACAGCAAGAUAGGCUUCCCUGCAAACAAAAAUGAGUUUUUAGGACGUCUCCAGAAUGUCACGAAAUGGUCACCUAAUGUCAUCAAGACGUUGUCCCAUGGUCCUGUGGAGGUUUUGUCUAGUUUCUGGUUUGUUCCGGGGACGUCCCCAAGGUUGUUCUCAGGACGUUCUCAGGACAUUGUGUCAUUGCCCUGUGGAUUUUUGGGUUCUAAAACCAUUAUUUGGUCAACAGUAAUGUGCAUUAUCUUGAUCCCUGCACUGAAAGUAUAUGCACUAUCCCUGUUUCGCUCCUGGCUUUCACUCCCUCUCCCUCUGUGCCCACGAAGUAGGGGGAGAGAUGCAUUCUGAUUAGUGCUGAGCGAUUAACCGAAAUGUCAGUUCUUUUUUGGUUUUUAAACAACUAAUUGACCGACGUCGGUUAAAUGAUUUGAAUUCCAUUUCGUUCGUUUAUUUUAAUGUCAGCUCAAUGAGCACAUUGCUCUGCUUUUUCUCUAGAGAUAAAGCAGAUCAUAUGCCCGAACUGUGCGAUGUAGUAGGGAGUUGUAGUUUCCAAUACGCCAGUGUUCUACAUAGUUUAGCACAGGACAUUUUAUAAUUAACUACAACGACCAUAAUCCAUUGCACGGCUUAACUUGUCCCGUCUGUGUUUCUUUUACGCCUGCUACAAGUAAGACACAGAAGAAUAUGUGAUCAAGAGGGGAUACAUAGAGAGUAGUUUCUUCGCUAGGUAUCUCUACCUGGAAAUACAUGAUCUAAGUGAUUGAUAGUUGGUAUUCAGAAGUCAUAAAAGUAUGCUUUAUUUAUUUUGAAGAACUACUCAAAUAGUGACAGCAUAGACAGCAGCUCUAUAGAGAGGAGAUGAUGACUUGGAAUGAAAUAAUAAAGUCAUCAAAUAAAACAAAUGUAAUAUACACAACAACUGAAAUAAUUUUGUUUCUCUCUGUCGCCCACGUUCUUAAAAUCUUUAGAUAAUAAAGCAUUUGACCUUUCUAUUAUGUGAACGACGGAGGAUUGGUUGAUUUCCAGUUUUUGAGUCUAACUUUUUAAAAGAUAAUUGAUGAGAAGAGUAUUGUCCAACCCAUCGAGUAUCUCACUGCACCCUCAUAUGUCAUGUCUUGAAAUAUACAGACAGACUAAUUAAAAGUACAUUUGCACUGCAAUACUUCUGACAUCCAUCUGUCCAACUCCGCCCAUAACUUUUGAAUUUUGUAACAUUUCGAGAAGGCAUGAAUUUAGCCUUGUGUCAGUAUAACAUGUAUUUGAUCAACUCUCAAUCUUGAGCAAAUGGCAUCACUUUACAACCGAGUAUGUAGGCUAAUAUGGUUUUGAGAUGAUGCACCCACAAUGAAUACAUCAAGUAGCCUAGGCCUACAGACGGAAAGUUUUGGUAGGACAUUACAUUUACUGAUAGAUUAAACAACUACAACGCUAUCUAGCAACAAGAUAACAUUUACAGUAAGCAAUCUAGCUAAUGUGUUUUGAGUUCCCACUUCCUCAGGUGGUGAAUUGUGUAGCAUAUAGGCUAGCCUAGGCCAAUAUGCACAAAAAAUAUGUAGGCAAAUUAAUCACUAUAGAGCCCUAAAGAAAUCGGAUCAUUUUGAAUCUCAUUUUGACAGGUGGCACAUGAAAAUAUCAAUAAUGCAUUCCUUGGAAAUGUUAGAUGAAAUAGCUAACUUAUUUAUUGAAUCAUACCAAAUCAGUUGAAUAAAACUUGGUCUAGAGCUCUGCCGCUAAUGGAAAGUAAUUGUGAUAUGACUUUUUGUCCAUAUCACCCAGCUCUAUGAGAACAUCCUAAAAACAUACUUGAUGACAUCCCGAUCCCCACAACUAACGGGGUAGGAACUAGACAGACCCCUAUUGGGGACCAUGACACAAAGUCUUGCGUGAGCAAACUAGGACCUGUAUGAAACAUCCCUGUGUGGUCAUUGAAUGUCAUGAGAACCUCAUGUCAGAGCCAAACAGGGAUGUUCCCUAAUGGUCAUUCAAAUACUUUAUUGUAACCUUCUGUCGGUAGCAGACCAGGACCUGUACUGGAUGUCCCCUAGAGUUGUCCUGAAUAUAACGUACCAUUGGAACAACCCGGGGACCUUUUUGUAACGUACCCUAAUGAUCAUGCUGCGACCUUAUUGUAACGUUUUGUCUGUAACAAUCCAGGACCUGUCUGAAACAUUCCCUUGCAGUUAUUGAAUGUCCCAAGGAUGAUGUCCUGUCAAAACCAAAUAGGAACCUAUUUGUAACGCUUCCUAGUGGACAUCAAAAUACUUUAUUUUAACGUUAUACUGCGACCAAACCGGGACCUGUACUGAACGUCCUCUUAUGGUCCCGAGGUUAACGUCAUGUUUUGUUGUUCCUAUAAUGUUCAAAGAACGUCAGUGCGAAAACAUCUUGCCGAAACCCUAAAAGGGACCCAAUGGGAACGUCGCCUAAUGUCCUUAGGAUGUUCCGUUUGCUGGGUACUUGGUCAAUUCAUAUAAACAGUUACAUGCAAGCAAAAUGUUCAGGGAGUCACUGUGCAAUUAGAAAAUAAAGUCACAAACGAAAUGUAAAGGCAAUGAAAUAAUUGCAUCUUUCUUGUUUUUGUUAUUGCAGAUAUCCAACUCAGCCCUGCCGCUUUGGGAAGCUGCUCCUGCUUCUACCAGCUCUGCGGUCAGUCAGCCCGUCCACCAUAGAGGAAGUAUUUUUCAAGAAGACCAUCGGGAAUGUGCCCAUCACAAGGCUCCUGUCUGACAUGUACAAAUCAAGCGAUAUAUGA